AGCAUUUAGAGUACAAAAGAAAUGUAUCAGGGCACUCUUCGGUGUGGAUAUGCUCCACAGCUGCAGACCCCUGUUCACAUCUUUAAAAGUAUUGCCACUACCUAGCUUAUAUAUUUUCGAAAUGUGUAUGUUUGUAAAAAAAAAUCCAGAACAAUUUAUAAGCUAUAGAUCAAUAAAAAAUUUGAACACCAGGUACAAAUACAAGCUAUGUAUACCUAUGCAGAGGCACAAAGUUACCAGCAAAAAUGUAUACUGCAUGGCGGUAACUUUAUUCAAUCACCUACCUGAAUACAUAAAAAAAUUAGCUGUAAAUAAAUUUAGGAAGACAUUAUUUGAUUUAUUAAUGAAAAAGUUGUACUAUAGCGUCAAUGACUACAUGAAUGAAAAACUUAAAUAGGGACAUUGACCAUAAAAGUGACAUUUAUAUUGACAUUUUUUAUUGACAUUUAUAUUAACAUUAAUUAAUUUGAACUUUGUUUUAUUUUUAUUGUUUGUAAAUUUGUAAUUUGUAAAUUAAUUUGUAUGAUCUGUUAACUUUUGCACGCCAACUAUGGCAGGAUAUGUGUUAAAAUAUAAUAUAAGACCUAUGUAAAUGUACCAUAUUCUGGCGAAAUAAAAUUGAUUGAUUGAUUGAUUGAUUGAUUGAGUAAAUUUAUGUUCCCUUUAAGACAAAAAUCGUCUUUAACGACUUAAAAAAAAGCGUGUGAUGUUUUCAAAAAAUAGCCAUAUAAUUCUGAUAUGGACAAUUUAUUUUACUACUGGUGCAAUUUGUUUCGAAGAAAAACAAAAUGUUCAAUACGGGACUAAUGUUACUACUUUGUAUCCCGUUAAAAAUAUUUUUAAUGAUAUAAAUAAAAAUGAAACUAGAAAUGGAAGAGAAGGUUCAACUCUGUUAGAAACGAACUCUUCCAAAGAAUUUGAUAGGUCUACUUCCGAAGAAGAUAUGAAGACCACGCAGUGUGAAAAUGGUAAUGGAACAGAUUCGAAUAAUAAAAAUGUUGAUAAAGAAAAGUCUAAGGUGCAGAAAAUAGACAUGGCCAAUUGGAAAAUUGAUUCAUUUUUCACACCUGCAAAGCAAGAAAGACAACAAAAUAUUAGUGCAGAAAAUAAAACUAAUUCAGAUAUUAGAUCUCUCGAUUCCGCAGUCAAAGAAUUUAAGCCAAGUCCUCAACUGGGGAAUUUCUUCAGUGAAGAUGCCUUCGUUGUACCGACGGAAGAAACAAUAAGUUCAUUUUCUCCAAUGAGUAAUCCGUCACUAUAUUUUGGAUCUCCAGGAGAUUUUUACAAACUAAACUACAAACCACCCAUUACUUAUGCAGAUCAGAUUGAUACACCUUACAAAUUUGAAAACACGGUACCGUCAAGAGCUAAGGACUCCAAAUAUAGCUCCAGGAUAGAACCCAAAGGAAAUGUGGAAGCACCAGCAAAGAUACCAGCAGGAGGACUGUAUAAGCUUCCCGACCCGUUUAAGGAAAAGCCAAGCACAGAUAGCGACGACGAUGAUUUCGGAUUGGAUUUUAAUGAUGAAGAGAAAAAUACAAAGGAGAAUCCUGUUAAAAAACGUGGUAACCCCUGGAAAGGUCUACUACACCUGGCGACGGCGCUGCUGCCCAUCGGCAUCAUCCUGUCGGCGCUGACGCCCAACAUCAUCACCCUGGAUAACACCGACAAUGACAACCGCUACCCGAACCGCUACAGUCGGCGCGCGGGGGUGGUGCACCCGCCGUCUGUCAGCGAGGCUUGCAGGCGACGGCUGCUGUGUGAACUACAUUCUGAGGCCAACUACAGCAAACGGUUAUCCGGAAGGAAGCAAUGCUACAAGAUCCACUGCGACGAGCCGCAGGCGUUGAGCAGAGUGCUGAGUUGGCUGCUGCAGCACAACCGGGAGCAUGGUCGCCCGCCGCAGGACAGACGAGGAUACAUCACGUGACAUGGUCGACAUACGUACUGACUAUCCAACAUAAUGGUCAAUUACAUCUUUUAUUAAUGACACCAAAGCUAAAUGUUUUUGCCUGACUUCCCUUUCUCUCACGCAUACGGCAGCAGGUUUACGUUAUAACUUUUAUCGAGCGUCCCGAAACACACAUUAUAUUUUAUAUAUUUCAAAAAAAUCAUUGCCAGAUACUUAGCUUCGAUGCAUCAUCAUCAUCAUCAUCAUCAUGGAUGGCCGAUGGAUGUUGGGGUCCCAAGGUGCUUGAAUGGAGACCCCGCACUACAAAGUGCAGUGUUGUUCGACCCCCCUGGUAGACUGACGACAUCAAACGAGUCGCAGGUAUUCGCUGGAUGCAGGUGGCUCAGUAUCGUGAUGUUUGGAAGUCCCUACAUAAGGCCUAUGUCCUGCAGUGGACGUCCAUCGGUUGAUAUGAUGAUUAUGAUGAUGAUGAUGAAACUCAAACCGAUAAAAAAGACGUUUCUUUGUAAAGAAAAGAACAAAGUUGAUGUUGAUUUAAAACAAACAAAUUGUUAAUUAUAAAUAACUGGCAAAAUGAAAAAAAAAUGAGGAAACUCUGAUUAAAACACCGCGACAUAUCUGGGACGGAGAGAUUUUCCUACCUACUUACCGUUUAUAAGAAAUAUGCAAUAAAUAUACAGCAAAUGA